CUCUCAAUUAGAGAAAUCGAUCACGCUAUCAUAUCUAUCACUCGCAUGAAAACAUACACGGACACCAACCUCUCAAAUCCCUUAUUUUUUUCCCAAAUUGAAACCCUAAAAAAACCCUAAUAGAUCAAUUUCACGAGAGAAAAUAAAGCCUGAUAAAAUAACUAAUAAUGGAUCACCUUCACGAUCACGAAGAGGACGAGCACGAGCACGAGGUCUACGGAGGAGAAAUCCCUGAUGAAGGAGAGAUGGAUGCCGAUGUUGACAUGUCGUCUAGAGCUGAAGAAGAUGAGUACCAAGACCCUAACUCCAAGGAUUUAGAGGAUAUGAAGAAAAGAUUGAAAGAGAUCGAAGAAGAAGCCGGUGCACUACGUGAAAUGCAGGCUAAGGUUGAGAAAGAGAUGGGAGCUGUUCAAGAUUCUCCUGGUGCUUCUGCUACUCAAGCUGAAAAGGAGGAGGUGGAUUCCCGAUCCAUUUAUGUUGGUAAUGUGGAUUAUUCUUGUACCCCUGAAGAAGUGCAGCAGCAUUUUCAGUCCUGUGGAACUGUGAAUAGAGUGACUAUUUUGACUGACAAGUUUGGUCAACCAAAGGGAUUUGCUUACGUUGAGUUUGUAGAGGUUGAUGCUAUUCAGAAUGCUCUCUUAUUAAAUGAAUCAGAACUUCAUGGCCGCCAGUUAAAGGUCUCUGCGAAGCGAACCAAUGUUCCUGGAAUGAAGCAAUUUCGAGGAAGGCGCCCAAGCCCUUAUGGGCUCAGGUCCCGGAGGCCAUUCAUGCCAGCUCCCUUCUAUCCUGCAUAUGGUUAUGGAAGGGUUCCGAGGUUCAGGAGACCUAUGCGAUACAGGCCAUACUAGUGAACAGGUAUUCUGUUAGUAGUGAUAAAAGUGGUCUGAAGACAGUUGGCUGAUGCUUUGUGAUGACCAUAUCAAUAUUGUGAUAAUUUAAGGGACGAAAAGACUAGUGUAUCGUUAUUUGCAUGGCAAAGGCUGGAAAGAUUUUUCGCAAUCAAUAGCUUGCAAGAGUGCUGGAUUCAUGCUCACCAAAUCUUGCAUUUACCUGCUCUGGAUGGACAAAGGGUGCCAAACAUGCAAAAUGUUGAUUUUCAUGUACUUGUGACUUCGUCUACCAAUUUGAGUUCUUAAGUGAGGUUCUGUCAAAACUCUGGAGGACGCAUAGCUGACCUUCAUGCCUUUAUAGCUUAUAACUCAAGCGGUUUGUUCUUCAGUUUAUAGAUGCCACGUUCGUUCCCUUAUUAUCACAUUGAUUAUCAGGUUAAGUCUUGCAUUAUGGUU